AAAAAAAUCCUGGGGCUUUCUUCCAAAAUGUAACAUCAUACACAUGGUGCAUGGCCAACAAAACACUCAGGACAGCCCUCAGUCACUCAGUUGUGCCUCAGGAUGCAUCUUUGAAUUCUCUCAGUAACCUCUGCACUGCUGUUGUUCAACUGUUUCUGAAUUUGAAACUUUCCCUAAAUUGCCAGGAAGGACAAGGAGUAGUCAUUUUCUCUGACUUCAAAGGCGCCUCCUGUUCACUUCUGAUUUUUUUGAAGAAUGACUGACACUCCUCGACUGAAUAUUUCCUCCUCAAACCAGAGUGAAAACCAGACUAACUCAACUAUUUGCCCAGAACUGGAGGACUGGUGGGACAUUGUGUACUAUAUAAUCCCCAAGUACAUCAACACUGUCUGUGUUAUUGGUAUGCUUGGAAAUGUAUUUGUUCUCUUCGUUUAUUCACUGCACAAGGGCCCCCUGAAGACAGCUGAAAUCUACCUAAUGAACCUGGCUGUAGCUGAUCUGAUCUUCCUCAUGUGCCUCCCUUUCUGGGCAGAGAACAUCAAUAAUGCAUUUAACUGGCCCUUUGGCAAUUUCCUGUGUCGCAGCAUCAGCACGUCCAUCACCUUGAAYAUGUACACCAGCAUCUACUUGCUCGUGGCUGUCAGCGUGGAUCGCUAUUUGACUUUUGUCCACACCUUGAACCACAGAGAGAUAUGGAGCAAAACCAUGACCAAAGGGAUCUGCUUGCUCAUCUGGUUCUUUUGCAUCCUUCUCAGCAUCCCAGCUUUCAUGUUCCGGACUGUGAAGGACUACCCGCAGUGGAAUAUUUCAGCGUGCACUUUGGACUUUCCCUCGCCAACGUGGGAGAGAGCUGAGAGCCUCGUACGCAACGUGGUAGGGUUUGUGCUGCCAUCCACAGCAAUCAUCUUCCUCAACUUCUCUACCAUUAGAUCCCUGCAAAAAACAGCAAGAGCACGAAGAGCACUYGGAGCAAAGGGCUGCAAGAGGCACAAGGGCACAAAGGCAACCAGGCUGAUCUUUACCGUGGUACUGAUGUUCCUUUUCUGCUGGACUCCUCACCAUUUCUUYGUAUUCCUUAAUACAUUAUACCAUACAAAAGCGAUCCAAGGCUGCUUCUGGGGCGAACUGAUCAACUUUGGGGAGCAGUUUGCUUUUAUGCUAGCGACCACYAACAGCUGCAUUAACCCUGUGAUUUAUGUCUUUGUUGGGAAAUACUUCAGGCAAAAGGCUUUGGAAGUUUUUUCACAGUUUAUUCCCUGUGGAUUUCCUUUGAGAUGGGUAUCUUUUAAAGAAAUGUCUUCAAAUUUCAACAUGCUUCCAGUCAGGAGUAGUUUUACAUAAUGGUUCUCAGUUYCAUAUUUAUUUUGAUGCUACAACUCAGUUUAUGCCAUUGUAAAUGGAAUUAAAAUUUAAUAUGAAAUGCACUGAUCUGGCCUUGACAGAAUAAGCUAAUUAUCUAUUAAAGUAAAUCACUUGAUURAUUGCUUAUUUGUCCUCAGGUUUGUUUUUCUUUUUCUGUGUCAUCCACCCCAAAUGCACAACAUGUGAUACCAGAUAUUUAUAUCAAAUGAUCUAACCUGUCUUACCUAUAAACAACGACUUCAAAGAAAAACUUUUUGACAAAAUGCCAGAAAUCUUUCUUAGCAGAAAGCCAUAAGCCAGCCAAAUAGUUUGCUGCAUUGUAUCUACGGUGACAGCUACUAUACCACCUAUAACACUACUCAUAAAAUUACAACAGGUAUUACAGAGCAAAUAUGACCUUAAUAUUCAGCUGAUAGCUGCAUUUGAGCAGGUGUAGAAUAACUUUGGAUACUUUGGACAAUAAUUUGUUUGUGUUCUCACAGUAAGGUACAGGAAUUUAAAUUUUUUUUUUUUCUCAUUUCAAUUAUAUGCAGUUCAUAAAUAUUGUACAAGAUGAUGUAACACAAAGAAACUUGUAAAAAAAGCAAGGUAACAUGGUAGCCUCCUCAAAACCUGAGUUUUUUUUAUCCAGUAAAGUGUUAAAAAAUUACUCAUCAAGUACUGUAAAGCUCAUUUUUAUUUUUUAUAAGUGAAAAAUAUCCAGGCUAUUUUGAUACUGUAUUAUUUUGAGGCAAAUCCUUARAUACAUAUUUAUAUUUUUAUGACUCAAAGACAAUAAACUGCAWAACAUCUUAUUUUACUUCAUAGUCUUGUUCUUUCUUGUUUUUUUAUUUUUUCUGUUUUCCCCUCUUCCUUUGGAGAAGAGCAAAUUCCUAGUUCUGUGAUUAAAAAUCCUUGUUGCUGCUAGAACACAAACAUUGGUAGUAGAAGAAAACUUCUUUUCCAUCGCAACCACAAUGGCAGAGUAGACUUAUGGCAACUGUUUCCAUAAUUCUAAAAUUAUGUGUAUGUGCAGACAUGGAAGGAAAUAGUGUAGCCUGUCCAGCMAGAAGGAUAUUAAAUGCAGAAAGGAGCAUAGAGACACAUAAUUUGUAUAGCAAUUCAUUUAACUACUCCUUGUAAAGCUUGUUCAGUCUUGUACUCGUAACAGCACUGCAUUUAGUGUUUCCAUUUUGAACAUGUACUCAAUCUCUUAUUUGAUUGUAGAAAUCUGUCUGUUCAACUUUAUUGCAGUAAGAUUGGUGUCAAUUUUCAAUGGUUCUCUCAAACUUUUUGAAUCAGUGGAAGCCUUUUGAAGAUUUAAAACUCUUCUUGCAAUGACGGUUUGAGAAUUAGGGGUGGAUUAAGGGAUCACAGAAGAAGAAUCUCUCAUAGGUUUACUACUUCCACUCUUUCUGUAACAGAUAUUUUUAAAACAAAUAUCAGUCUUAGGCUCUAGCAGUAACUAUAGCAUAUUAAGUGCUCUGAGUCAUCUGAAAUCAAAUUCCUAGUUCCCCUCUAUUGUAAAUUGUUGAACAUAGCAUCUAUUUA